CCCGCAUAUAAUCACAUUUUAUACUCUUUGCAUGAUUUAAUGAAGUGUCGUGUUUUACGUGAUCUUCGUAGACGUAUAGCUGUUGCUCAAAGUGAGCCUUUACGUCAAGCAUUGCGUUAUAUCGUCAGAAAUACUACAUUACCUGCUGAUGUAAGAAUUCGUGCUCAACAACAACUAGUUAAAAUGCCUUCCAAUACACGUAUAACUCGCGUAAAAAAUAGAUGCAUUGAGUCAGGAAAAGGACGUGGUAUUUUCAGGGAUUUUCGUCUUUCUCGAUAUCAAUUUAGAUUAAAUGCACUUGAAGGAUACUUGCCUGGCGUUCAGAAAGCCAGUUGGUGAUAUUUUUUGAAAUAUUUAAAAAAACAAGUUUGAUAAAAAAAAAAG